AUGAAGUCAGGGAGGAUCACACUCUCCAAAGCUCUCUGGCUGCCCAUGCUAGUCCUGGCUGUGCUCGUUGUUGAAAGCUCUCUCCCUGAGGACUUAAUUUUUCACCCAGAGUGGGGUUUUGAGUCAUUCGAAAUAACUAUCCCCAAGAAACUGAGUUUCAGGGCACAACAGAAGAGUGUGACCGGGCAUGAGUCCUACCUCCUGAAGUUAAAAGGCAAGAAUCACGUCCUCCACUUGCGGCCCAAAAGGUUUUUGUUGCCCCGACAUCUGCAGGUUUUCUCCUUCACAGAACAGGGGGAGCUUCUAGAGGAUCACCCUUAUAUACCCAACGUCUGCAACUAUAUGGGUUCCGUGCAAGAGUCUCGGGAAUCUGAAGCCACUGUGAGUACGUGCAUGGGGGGUCUGCGAGGCAUCCUGAAAAUUGAUGAGGAACUCUACCAAAUCGAGCCCUUCAAGGACUCUCCCAGGUUUGAGCAUGCUGUGUAUGUCCUGAAUAAAGAACAUUUGAACAACUGGUCUUGUGCCUUCACUAAUACUGAAAAAGCAGUGCAAAUGACCCAGAAUGAGGAAAUCACAAGGCUGAGGGAAGUUUAUGACACGUCCAUGCACCCCAAGUAUUUGGAAUUGUAUCUUUUAUUUUGUCAUGAGAGAUACGUGUUUGUAAAAAGUAAUGUAACUCAAGUCAUAAGUGAUGCCAUUAUUGUGACUUCAAUUAUAGACACCUAUUAUCAAGACCUUGAUUUGAGGGUAAAUUUACAAGCCCUUGAAAUAUGGACUGACAAGCUGAAAGUUAGAUCCUAUCUAAAAUAUAUAUCUGCAGUUCUGGUUGAUCUUAUAAUAUACAGAGUAGAGGUCAUAAAUAAACGUAAUAACGCUGAUUGGGCACAUUUGUAUUUGCUAAGGACAUAUGAGGAUGCUUAUGGGGGAUCAUGGGGAGGAUUUUGUAUGCGAACUCAUUCUGCAUCAAUAAGUUCAUUUCCAAGCAUGAAUAUCAUUGAACCUGGAACUUGGACUACUCAUGAAAUAGGCCAUAGUAUUAUCAUUCACCAUGAUGAAGACUACUGCUACUGUAAGGGCUACCAUCUUGGCAUGAGAGCUCUGGGAAUACCUGAUCUAGGUACAAUAAAUUAUGGUACCUUCUGUGGGAAGAACCAGAUAUGUUUCAACAAAAGCUGUGUUGAUGUCUCAAUUUUGCAGUAUGAUUGUUUGCCUGAGAAGUGCAACAAUCGAGGCAUUUGCAACAACAAAAAGAACUGCCAUUGUAUGUAUGGCUGGGCCCCUCCAUUCUGUGAGGAGGAAGGGUAUGGAGGAAGCAUUAAUAGUGGACCUCCAGGACCCCUAGUUGAAGAGGUGCCUGCAACAGUUCAGGUUGUAUCACUUAUGUUAUUGCGUCUUAUUUUCUUAUUCAUCUCAGUGUUUGCUGUAUUUUUAGUGGGACAGAAACACAAAGUAGACGAAAAAGAAGAGCCAAAUAUGCCUGAAGAUGAAACAUUCAAGGUCACAGAUGACACGAAACCAAUGCUGUAA